AAGAAAGCACCAGAAUCCGAAAAAAAAAACACAAAAAAUGCCGGUUUGCUUUAGCAAAUGAUGGUGAUUUGAAGCAAUCCAUUUGCAUCAAAAGAUUGUCAAUAUAUUAUUUUGUAAUUGUGAACGCGGUGAUUCACAAGUAAAUUUUAAAUAUUUUAGUUAAAAUUUUGCAGUGAAAAAUUAGAAAAAUGACGGCUGCUGUUUGUAGUAUAAAUUUUGAUGAAUACGGAAGACCAUUCUUAAUUUUAAAAGACCAAGACAAACAAACUAGGUUGACAGGAAUUGAAGCUGUCAAGACUCAUAUUUAUGCUGGUAAAAGCGUUGCUAAUGCCUUACGAACAUCUCUGGGUCCAAAAGGCCUUGAUAAGUUGCUGGUUUCACCAGACGGUGAAGUAACUGUCACUAAUGAUGGGGCCACCAUCUUAAAAAUGAUGGAUGUUGAUCAUCAGAUAGCUAAACUUCUUGUAGAGCUUUCACAGUCUCAGGAUGAUGAAAUUGGAGAUGGUACAACUGGAGUUGUUGUGUUAGCAGGUGCUUUGCUGGAGCAUGCUGAGCAAUUGUUAGACAAGGGCAUCCAUCCUAUUAGAAUUUCAGAUGGUUACGAAUUAGCUGCUCGCUGUGCGAUUGAGUAUUUGGAUAAGAUUGCAGAAAGUUUUCCUGUUGAUAAAGACAAUUUAGAGGCACUUAUACAAACAGCGAUGACUACACUAGGAUCAAAAAUUGUUAACCGAUGUCAGCGGCAGUUUGCAGAAAUUGCUGUACAAGCUAUCCUUUCUGUGGCUGACUUUGAGCGCAGAGAUGUUGAUUUUGAGCUCAUUAAAAUUGAAGGAAAAGAAGGGGGUCGUUUAGAAGAUUCUAUUCUUGUGAAAGGAGUCAUUAUUGAUAAAUAUUUCAGUCAUCCGCAGAUGCCUAAAGAAGUUAAAGAUGCUAAAGUAGCAAUCUUAACUUGCCCCUUUGAACCACCAAAGCCCAAGACCAAGCAUAAGCUGGAUGUCACAUCAAUUGAAAGCUAUCAGGAGCUUGUGAAAUAUGAGCAAGAUAAAUUCGUUGAGAUGGUUCAACAGGUCAAGAACACAGGUGCAAAUUUAGUUAUUUGUCAAUGGGGUUUUGAUGAUGAAGCUAAUCAUCUGCUUCUGAAACAUGAACUGCCGGCAGUUCGGUGGGUUGGUGGACCUGAAAUUGAGCUUAUAGCAAUUGCCACCGGUGGAAGAAUAGUUCCUCGUUUUGAAGAAUUGACUGCAGAAAAGCUUGGAAAAGCUGGUAUUGUGAGGGGAUUGAGUUUUGGAACAACUGAAGAUAAAAUGCUUGUAAUUGAAGAAUGCCAGAAUUCAAGAGCUGUGACAAUUUUCAUUAGAGGAGGGAAUAAGAUGGUUGUAGAUGAAGCAAAAAGAAGUCUUCAUGAUGCUUUGUGUGUUGUUCGAAAUCUAGUAAAAGAUAAUAGAAUUGUAUAUGGUGGUGGCUCUGUGGAAAUGGCUUGUUCUCUUGUAGUUGGUGAACAGGCUGAUAAAAUCGCCUCAAUGGAGCAGUAUGCUUUCCGUGCCUUUUCUGAUGCAUUAGAGAGCAUACCCUUAGCCUUGGCUGAAAAUAGUGGUCUCAAUCCCAUGGAAGAAGUAACAGCUAUUAAAGCUAGGCAGAUCAAAGAGAAAAACCCAUGGCUAGGUAUAGAUUGCAUGGGUAAAGGUACCUGUGAUAUGAAAGCUCAACAUGUUAUUGAAACUCUUACAAGCAAAAGACAACAAAUUAGUUUAGCAACACAACUGGUUAGAAUGAUUCUCAAAAUUGAUGAUAUUAGGUCAACUGAAGGUUCUCAAGAUUAACAUUCAUUUCAUGUGUGUUGUAUUGGCUUGUGUAUUUUGUAAUGUUCCAACAGCUGGACUAAACGUUGCUUCCGAAGCAUAUUUUUAUGUUUCAUUCCUGUAUACUUAACAUUUUUAUUAAUAUUUCAUGCUGGGGGAGAAAAAAACAAACCCCAUUUCUCAUUGCUACUACUUUACUAUUACAAAAAUUAGUUUGACAUUCUCAGCAAAAGUAAACUAUAUUUCAUAUGAACACUUGUAAUUCACUGUUUCACGUAAUCAAAAUAAAAGCUUUAUUGCAUUGGUUUGGUA